AUGUAUAGAGAUGCAAGCUAUGGUGAAAAUUGGCAACCAACACCCAAUAACAUUGCAAGACGCAUUGAUCCUUACAGUCGAUCAUGUGCUCUUUUAGGUUGUUUCUUCGCUGUUGGUUUUAUCCUUACUAUUAUUGUCGUUCUCUCACUAAUUCCAGUUUAUAUUUCUCGUAGUUCAUCUGGGAAAAAGAGUUAUGUACAAGUACCAAGAGUCUAUGUAAAUGGUUAUACAUUACAAUUUCGCUCGCCAUCGAAUAGUUUUAAUGCAGAAGCAAUUCUUUCUCAUUCGAAUAAUCUUCAAGCAUUACGAGCUGCACUUACAUCAAUGAUUCAAAAUAAUCCUACACUAACUGGUUCGAUUGUAGAUAUCUCUAAAUCUUCUUUGUCUUCGAAAAAAAAACGUCAAGAAUUAUCAGAUUCUUAUGUUUUUAUUCUUGAUUUAAAUGUAACGAGUGGUAAACCUUGUACAUCAAUACUAUGUUUAACUCAAUUUCAAACACAUUCCAUAAAUCAACUAUGUGAUAAAAAUCGAACAAUAUCUACAGUUCGUUUUGAACAACCAUAUACAAAUGAAGAUGCAUCACAAUCUUCGUCAUCAUCAUCAUCACACAUUUAUUGGUUAAAUUUUCGAUUACCACAAAUAAUGAAAUCAAAUGUUUCAUUUACAAAUGUUGAUCUCAAAACUAUAUCAUCAUCACUGGAAACAUUAAUAACUUUAGAUAAAAAUUUAAAUCACCCAUCAACUACUGAUAUAAUAAUAUCAACGAGUGAUACGUUAACAUCAACCACAACAAUAUUAACGUCAACCACUACAACAUUAACAUCAACUACUACAACAUUAACAUCAACCACUAUGAUAUUAACGUCAACCACUGAUAUAUUAACAUCAACGUUGAUAAGUUAA